AGUGGUUAUCAUUUAAAAAAUAUUGUUAUCACAUAAUUCAUCAUUCGUAUUUACUAUAUUUUUCACUCCAAAGUCUAAAGAUACCUCUAACAAUAUUCUACAAGUGUAAAGGGACACAUAAAUAUAAAAUAUAUUAUUAAUAUACUGAAUUAUUAAUUUUGUAUAUUGGAUAUUAACAUUGAUUCUUCGUAAAGACUAUCGCUAUAAUAUUGACAAGAUGUCAAACGUGAAACAUGUUAUUUUAGUGAUGUCUGGCAAAGGAGGUGUUGGUAAAUCAACUGUAAGCACACAAUUAGCUCUAGGAUUGGUAACUAAAGGAUAUCGAGUAAGAUUAUGAAUUUAUACAAAAAACUUUACUUGUGAAUAAUGAUAGAUUGUCAGUACUAUCCAAAAUAUACAUACCUAACUCCAAAAUGCAACAGAUAUAUUUUUAAUUUAAUUGAUCUAAUGACCUGGAUUUUCAUGUCAAGUAGCUCAUAAAUUAUUUUUAACCUUAAAAUUCUGCAAUUGUCCAACAGUAUAGUUUUGUUAAAUGCUCGUGGUAUGAUCUACCAAUGUUGCCUGAAAGUUGAAAUGUAAAUAUGUUAUGUUGAGAUUCAAGCCAUGAAAAUAUCCUUAUUUUUUUCCCGAUAACUCAAUAAGAUAAUUUUGUAUAUUUUCCUUGAUAAAUUGUCAAUCUUAAAAAGUAAAAUCCAUUUUUAUUGUUUACAUUUAUGUCAAUCAAACAGUCUUUAAGUUUUUAAAAUUGAUCUUAUAUAACUACAUUCAACUCUGAAUGUUUUGAAUUCUAUAAUUUACCUUAAGCCUUUUAAAUCCAAUUUACAACUAGUUUCGUUUUUUAAUCACUGCAUUUGUAUUCAUUGAAACAUUGUAGGUUGGAAUUUUAGAUGUAGAUUUAUGUGGCCCAUCUGUACCAUACUUAUUAAAAUUAGAGAAUCAAGAAGUACACCAGUGUGAAGCUGGUUGGGUACCAGUUUAUACAGAUGAGUCAAAAUCAUUAGGUGUUCUUUCAAUUGGAUUUUUAACAAAGUCCAGAAAUGAUAGUGUAGUAUGGAGAGGACCAAAAAAGACUGGUUUGUUAUUUCAAAUAUUGUAUACAUGGUACAGGUAUUUAAUAACACUUUACACUUAUGUUAUUAACAGCAUUUAUAAAACAGUUGCUUUCUGAUGUUUUCUGGGAAGAUGUAGAUUAUCUAAUUGUUGAUACACCACCAGGCACAUCUGAUGAACACAUUACCGUUAUGGAAAAUAUCAAGUAUGUAAUAAAAUUGAUUUUUCAUUAACAUGUUAUUAAUAUUUCUAAAAAUUGUUGUGGAUUUAAUAAUUUUAGAGAAACACCUUGUGAUGGGGCCAUACUUGUGACCACUCCGCAACAAAUUGCUUUGGAUGAUGUCAGAAAAGAAUUAUCAUUUUGUCGUAAGACAGGCAUUCCAAUAUUGGGAGUUGUUGAAAAUAUGAGUGGUUAUGUUUGUCCUAAUUGCUCAGUAAGUUAUUAUUUUGUUUGGUACUUAUUUAGUAUGUGGCUUAAAAAAAAUACUAAAAAUUAAUCUUAAUUACUAUUUAUUCACUUUGAAGUGUAUUUUCCACUAAAAAAAAACUGAUAUUUUAUCAAGUUUGCAUUUUUCUGUGGUACAAAUCUUAUUGUUGUUAUCCAACGUAAUAUGUUUGUUUUUUAAAUAUUGUAAAUACACAAUUUUGUUCCUGAUUAUAUUUUCAUACUAACAUUAAUAAAGAUAUAAGUUUCUUUAAAUUAAAUAACAUGAUGCAGAAAAUAUCAUUUGAUGAAAAAUUUGAAAAUUAACUUCGCUACAUAAUGAUAACACCAUAAUGAACACGGCUCAAAAAUAAUAUUUUUAAUCUGAAAUUCUAAUCUGUCAAUUUGCACCCUAAAUAAAUAACAUUUUAAUAAAUGUACAUUAGUUUAUAGUAAAAAACAUUCCAUACAAAAAUAUAAUACAUUAAAAUAAUCAAAUGAAUAAGGCCAUGAAUUACUCAUAAUAUGGUAGUUGCAUACUGUACUCAAAACUGUUGCAUAUUUGAUUUAAAGAGAAUUGAAGGAUUUAUUGGUUUUAUUAUGAUUAAACUACUUUUUGAUCAGAAAGCUUGGUUAAAUUGAAAAAUGGCAAGAUGCCUUUUUUGUUGCAUUUUGGAUCUAAUAAAUGUGUAAGAAAGUUGUUUUAUGAUUUUACAUGUAGUCUUUUUUUUAAUAAUUAAGUUCAAAAUAUUUAUUAUAGUUUUCAAAAAAUUACAGAAAAAUUAUAUUUGCCUUUCCUCAGUGAUAAUAUUUUUAAAAAUUUGUCGUGACUUUUGAGCUAUUUAUAAGCAUUUUAUGCUUGCAAAUUUGUUUACGUAGUUUUUAUUUGAUAAGUUCUAUGUGGAUAUGAUUGGUUUCCUGAACAGAAAUACUUGAAAAAUUAAGGAACUCACAUUGUAUGCUAUCCAUAUUCCUGGCAAUAAAUGUGGGUCGGACAUCAAUGGUAUGCUCUUAUGUUGUAGGUAUAGUUAUGUAUAUGUUACCAGUUAAAUCCAAUUUCAGGAUGAACUAGUUUAUUAGUUUUUUGUUAGCAAUGGUUUACUGUUGCUUACAAAUAUAAAUUAAAUAACUUUUAUGUAUCCUACGCUUUCCACCUAUUUAUAUGAUUGGUUAUUCUUUUAUGAUAAUUAAAAACUAAAAUAUUACUAUAAUUCUAUUGGUAAUAUUUAUUUACACAAUGUAAAUUCCAUAUUUAUUUAAAAUUUCAUGAAGUAAAUGUACAUUUUUGUAUUUUACAGGAGUGUACGAAUUUAUUUUCAUCAAAUGGCGGAAAAUCAUUAGCAGAACGUUUUCAAGUUCCUUUUUUAGGAACUGUACCAAUAGAUCCAAGAGUAUCUUCAGAAACAUCAAAAUAUGUUGGCGUAACUCAUCCCGAAUCACCAGUGGCAAUAUCAUUUAAUUCAAUUGUCGACAGUAUAAUAAAUCCAAACUAAAUAAACUUUUAUGUAUUUUAAUAUCACAAUAUGGUAUUGGUAUAUAUUACUAGCAGAGUUAAUAUUUUAUUUUCCUUACAUGUUACAGAUUGUUUUCUUGUUCUAUGGAAAUAUUUUCUCCUGGUUGUUUUAUUUCAUUUUUAAACUCAUUAAGUUCAACUAAUGGUUCUAUAUUUCCAAGUGGUGAUCUGCUUGUAAAUAAAAUUGGUAUUUUUGUUAGCCUUGGGUUCCCAUCUUUCUCUAAGAAUCUUAUCUAUAAUUUCAACAAAGUAUAAAUGAAAAUAAUGAUUUAUAAUAUUGGUCUUUCUGGAAUUGUAUACCCAAGAUAAUAAUGAAUUUUUACUGGAUGUACCAGUAGCAGCAACAGCGAGUAUUGUACCAUCUUCUUGUUCAUGUACAGUUUUUUUUUUUGCAACUUUAUUUGAUAUUUUUGGCUGAUCGAAAAAUGGUACAUGAAAUUUACUUAUAUCU